GCCGCCGCGCCCCGGCUCGGCCUCCAGACGCGCCGCUUCCCGCGCCCCGGCUCGGCCCUGCGCCGCGGCUCCUUGGCCCGCUCUGGAGCGGGGUACCCCGGGAGGGGAGCAGCACUGGCUGAACCCCAGGUCUGGGCUUCGCUGGGAAGACAGCCCUGGAUUUCUACUUGCUGAAAAAAGUAAAAUGAUUUGGGGGCUUGAUGCUUUGAGUUCUGCAGGUAAAGGGGGAUCUUUUGCUAACAAGAUGGUUUAAAAAGCAAACACAUUGGCAUCCCGUUUCUUCUCCUUGUACUCCUGGGCUGGAGUUUGGGGGGAGGCAGCAAUGGUGUUUUCCCCAGGUACAAGUUCACGGGAGACUUGCUGUGCACAGGACAAGGGGCCAGAAGGCGGGCAGAGGUGCGGGUCUGGAGGGCUGGGCAGGGGCUGCCAUCCAGCCAGCGCUCCUAAGGGCCGGGCUGUCUGCACCUGCCUUAUCUCCUGGAGUUUGAUUUCUAGCAGGACUUUUGAGAGUGGUGAGUGUGAGGUGCUCUGUCUGUGGCCUCUUACACUCGUGUCUGCAGACAGCUGGCGGGGGGAGUGUCAUCCUUCUUGGUCACAGUGCCUAACACCUCCUCCUGGAGCUGAGGACCCUCCAGUGAGAACAACUCCACCUAGAGAAGGCUAGUCCUCCAGUCAAGUGGUUGAGAAGUGGUCUUUUGUCUGUCUUGUCAGCACCCAGGGUCUGGAGACAUCUCCCUCAUAUGGAAAUGUUUUUGGACACCAUCCACCUUGAUAAAAUGAUCCCGUGAAGUUAUAUGCUUCUGGUUGCGAACAGAAACCUGAAUUCACUUGUGGAGCAUAACCGGGUCCUGCCACAGAGCUGGAAUUUGGUGAAAAGGCUUGCUGUUCAGCUGAAACUGACAGGAGUGGGGAACGGCACAGUUUGGUGGGCUCUUGUGAACCUCCUUGUGGGCCCCUUGCAGCAAGGGCAGUCCUGGUUAGCAGGGUUAACCGCCUGCCGUGCCACUUGUCCCUGGCCUUGCACCUGUAGCGAGGAUUUUGUGAGAUUCUGAUGGCUCAGGCACUAGAGAUGGAGAAACUCUACCAAGAGGCAAUGGCUCCUCCAGAGGAAAGAAAACGCCAGAAUAUUCUAAGCUGGUUUUGUUUGAGAUGUGAAAAGUGGUGUUGGUCUUUGACCGUCCUGCACCUGGGAGGAUCGGUCCUGUCAGUAUGUAGUCUCCUUCUCUAAAGUACUCCUGAGCGAUGUCGAUCAAAUUCCUGCUCCCAGUUUUUUAUUUUGAAGAAAAUCCUCUUGUGGCAAAAACUUAGAAUAGGUUCCUGACAAAACCGUGGACGAUUUCUUUUAAAAAUAUCUCCUUAAGGUUGCUAGGAAUGGAGGCCAGCUGUCGGGGUGGAGUGUCUCUCUCUCUUGAUACUUGAUGGUUCUGGGAGUGCGUGAAGGCAAGAGUGGAGAGGGGGACUUCUUUCUUUGGAAAACAACAGAAUCAGAGAACAAAGCUAAGGUCUGUGACGGGCGCGCUCCGGAAGAGCUCCUGGGUCACUCACCUCCGUUGGGGUCUCUAGCGCUCUCUUGACUACCAUGUGUGCACAGCCUGUUUGCAAACUAUGUGCAGGUUUCCUUGGCAGCCACCACAAUUAGCACUAAUGACACGCCUGAGCUCCCGGGGCAGGUCCCGCUGACUUUGGCUCAGAGCCAGGGCGGGCUGGUAAAUGAUUGCCUGGCAGCCACCUCAGAAGCCUGGCUCCUCCAAGUGCUCCUCUUGGCUGCAUUCUUGAGGAAGCAGCAGAGACAGUAAGGUGGCAGCAGCAGUGGUAUAGACUAGCUGCCAAGUUACAUUAAAUCAGUCAGAAUUUUAUUUAAAAAAAUCAGCUCUUUGGUUGAUUUUGUGGAAGUUAUCUUUAACAGAUCAUAGGUGGGCAGCUUUCAGUACCAUAAAGUCUCGGGGAAUUGUUUCACAGUGGAUGGCUGCCUUGUGAGGUGGUGAACACCUCAUGGCCAGGGGUAUGCAAAGCAAGGGUGGUAGACGGGCUUUCGUUCUUGGCUGUGGGACUGUCCAGGUAGAAACCAUCUCUGUGACAAUGAAGUGAGUUUGGAAUGCUGGCAUAAAUACCAUUCUUUUGUGUCCCACUAAUUGUGACAUUGGUUUAGGAUUGGGAAGUUUCCGAGGACUCCAUCAAAACAUCUAGAGAUGGUUAACACAGCUUCAGGUUUCCUGAUGACAGAGAGUCAUUUCUGCCUUGUGUUUCUAUUCCCAGAUGUGGGAGAAGCAGUCUGCUGAUAAUUCGGUCUGGAGAGAGCGUGGUGUUCCUGCCCCCGGGGGUGUGGUCUCCAGGCCCUCUCUCAGCUCCUUUGUCUGCUGCCGUGGCCCUGGUGGCAUCCUCCCUCGGUGAUCAGCCCAGGGCUUCCCCUGCCCAUGCAGUCCCCCGCAACCACUGCUGAGGGCCUCAGUGGCCCCCUCUUUGGGGCCUACACGCUCCCUACCUUCAAGUUCCAGCCUCGCCAUGAAAGCAUGGACUGGAGGCGUAUUAGUGCCCUGGAUGUGGACCGUGUGGCCCGGGAGCUGGACGUGGCCACCCUGCAGGAGAACAUCACUGGCGUCACCUUCUGCAAUUUGGACCGGGAGGCGUGCAGCCGCUGUGGGCAGCCUGUGGACCCAGCGCUGCUCAAGGUGCUGCGCUUGGCGCAGCUCAUCAUCGAGUACCUGCUGCACUGCCAGGAUUGCCUGAGUGCCAGCGUGGCCCAGCUGGAGGCGCGGCUGCAGGCCAGCCUGGGCCAGCAGGAGCGUGGCCAGCAGGAACUGGGCCGCCAGGCUGACGAGCUCAAGGGUGUACGGGAGGAGAGCCGCCGGCGUCGCAAGAUGAUCAGCACCUUGCAGCAGCUGCUCCUGCAGACAGGCGCCCACAGCUACCACACGUGCCACCUGUGUGACAAGAUGUUCAUGAAUGCCACCUUCCUCCGAGGCCACAUCCAGCGCAGACAUGCGGGCACGGCAGAGGGCAUGGCGGAAGGAAAACAGAAGAAGCAGGAACAGCCAGUGGAGGAGGUGUUAGAAGAGCUGCGGGCCAAGCUAAAGUGGACCCAAGGGGAGCUGGAAGCCCAGCGUGAGGCUGAGAGGCGGCGGCAGCUCCAGGAAGCAGAGAUCACUCGUCAGAGGGAAAUGGAAGCUAAGAAAGACUUUGAUGAGUGGAAAGAAAAAGAGCGGGCCAAGCUCUAUGGGGAAAUAGACAAGCUAAAAAAAUUAUUUUGGGAUGAAUUUAAAACUGUUGCCAACCAUAACUCUACGCUAGAAGAGAAACUGCAGGCACUGCAGUCCCACAGUGUGAUCGAGUCCCAUCUGGGGUCGCUGCGGGAUGAGGAGUCGGAGGAGCGACUCAGGCAGGCGCAGGAGCUCCAGGCGCUGAAGGAGAAGAUGGAUGUUCAGAAAACAGAAUGGAAGAGGAGAAUGAAGGAACUGCAGGAACAGCAUGCAGCUCAGAAGAAAGAGCUGCAGGAACAGAACGAGAGGCUCCAGGCCUCCCUGUCUCAGGAUCAGAGGAAAGCAGCGGCCCAGGCCCAGCGCCAGAUCAGCGCCCUCCACGCCCAGCUCCAGGAACAAGCCAGGCUCAUCGCCUCCCAGGAGGAGAUGAUCCAGACCAUGUCUCUCAGGAAAGCGGAGGGGAUCUGCGAGGGCCCGAAGGCUGUGGACACAGAAGAGGACUCUUCCGAGGAAGAACUGGAGGCCUCCCGAGAUGGACAGCAGAAGGUGCUGGCAGCUCUGAGGCGAAACCCCACCUUGCUGAAGCAGUUCAGGCCAGUCCUGGAGGACACCCUGGAGGAGAAACUGGAAAGCAUGGGGAUAAAGAGGGGUGCCAAGGGAAUCCCUGCGCAGACUCUCAGACACCUGGAGUCCCUCCUGAGAGCCCAGCGGGAGCAGAAGGCGGGGAGGUUUUCUGAAUUUUUGAGUCUGAGGGAAAAACUCGUCAAGGAAGCCACCAGCAGAGUGAAGGAGAAACAGAGGAACAGGGCUGCAGGGUCCCAGCAGGACGGCCAGGCUCCAGCCAAGAGCCAGCAGAACCUUUUGUUCACCAAAGAGGUCCAGCCAAAGGGCAGGACCCUGCAUGUGACAUUGCUGUCCAAGCUGGCAGAGCCACCCAUGACAACUCCUCAGAGCCGUGGCAGCCAUGGCCCUGGCCUCGUCCAGGUGCCCACCCCAGCUCCGCGCCCCAGAGCCCAUGGAUCCUCUGGCACCCCUGCUUCCCCGGGGCCUGGGCUGAGUACGCCCCCGUUCAGUUCUGAAGAGGACACUGAAGGAGAUCCUGUGCAGCGUGUGUCUCUCCAGCCCCCGAGAGUUCCUUCGAGGAUGGGGUCCCGGCCAGAGGAUGACUGGGACUGGUCUGACACCGAGACGUCGGAGGGGAACGCCCAGCCCCCCGGCAAGGGCUCUGGUGGGCUGGCUACCUCAGAGACACUGGUGCAGUCGAUGGUCAAGAACCUCGAGAAGCAGCUGGAGGCUCCGGCGAAGAAGCCUGUUGGAGGCGUCAAGCUAUUCCUAAUGCCCGAUGCUGGGCCACAGAGGGCUGCCACACCAGGGAGGGAGCCCCAGCUGUCUGACGAUGAGAGUGACUUGGAGGUCUCUUCUUUGGAAGAUCUCCCCCAGGACCUGGACCAGAGAGAGAAACCGAAGCCCUUGUCUCGUUCAAAGCUCCCAGAGAAGUUUGGCGCCAGCUCUUGGAGCCCCAGCCGACCCAGGGUCCCUGGCUGGUGAUCCUGCCCCAGAACCUGGUGGGUAGAGGACCAGCCAUGUCGCCUGGCUGGGGCCAGCUAGGUCCCACCCAACAGAAGAGGCUGCUGGGCGUCUUGUCUUCGCCAGUAACCGAGAGGUCUUCUUCCUUGGAGAGAAGCACAGCGGAAGACGGGUAUAAUUUCUCCCUCCCCGCCUGUGAGGGGUCCUGCCCCAGAGCAUCAGCGGUGCCUGGCUGGGUGCCCAUGGGUCCUCCCACAGCUUGAGAAAGGCUUAUAACAGGACUUCUGAGCAAUUUCCUUCCACCACCUCAAUGUUUACUACUUGGUCUCUAUUCCGGAGCGUUUGUAAACCUGUGGGAGCACUGUGAAGAUGAAUCCUAUGUGGGGUUCUUUUGGUGACAAGUGCCUCAGUCGGUCAUUCAGUGAUUGAUCCAAAGUCAUUUACUAAGUGCCUGCUCUGUGCCAGGUCCCCCAGCUUCUCACUGCCGAGUCGAGGUGCAGGCAGAGAUGGGUGGGGCAGAAAGUACGGGACAGUAAUCUAGUAACAGAGAUUGGGGUGUUAUGGGAGCGUAGACGGGACCAUCCAAUGCAGCCUGGGGUGAUCUUGGAGAGCUUCCCAGAGUUGUGAUGUCUAGCACGGCAGUGGGAGGGAGGGCCACUUGGCUGGGGCCUCAUAUCCCUAAAGGACCACAAAUUUUAUUUUAUUUUAUCUUUUUGCUUGAGGAGGAUUAGCCCUGAGCUAACACCUGUUGCCAGUCUUCAUCUAUUUUGUAUGUGGGUCACUCCCACAACAUGGUCACAAACGAGUGGUGUAUAUCCGCACCUGGGAACUGAACCAGGGCUGCCGAAGUAGAGAGCGCCGAACUUAACCACUAGGCUGUGGGGCCGGCCCCAGGACCACAAAUUUAAUUUUUGAUAUUAUUUCCAAAAUUAGGUUAUAUAUAUAGCCACUGUAUUUUUUGUAAUGUGAAAAGCAUUCAUUUAUUAUAUGUGGACAUUUAAAUAUAACACAAUGUUUAUAACUCUGGUAUUUCUUCAUUAUUUUUGGAGCUUCUGUGGGGGCAGGGGUGGGGGUGAAGCACCCUGCACCCCAAUCGUGUCGGUUUACAUCCUGUGGGUGCAGUUGCCAAGAGGGAGUUAGGAGUGUGAGAGGUUUGUUGAGGAGCCUCACCUGUGAAAGGUGCAGGUGGAGGAAGCAGGCUUGGAUGGGGAAAGGCCUCAGAGUGCGAUGCAGGUCUGACUACGGUGGGAGGAGAGGAAGGAGGAAGCAGGAACAGGCAGGAAGAGCCCCAGACCACCAGGCAGAGCUGAAGUCCACCAACCCAAUGAGAGCUCCAGGGCAGGAAUGGCCCACCAGGGAGUCCCCAGUGGGCAGAAACGGCCAGGCCCUGGUGCCCCCACCCUGCUCGGCCAUUGAGUAGGGCGGCCCAUGAAGAGGGAGACCUGACCUGAAAGCUGAGACGAGCCCUGUCAGCCAACUUCAUUCCUUGUAGUUGAACAGCAGUUUUUUUUUCCUGGAGGGAGACCCAGCGGUGCAUCUCCACGCCUCACAAGCAGAGGGAAUAGCGUGCCAGGACCACGUUGCCAACACCCAGCUUUAACCAUUAUCAACUCAACACACAGCCCGUCUUGUUUCAUCCAUCUCUCCCCCCACCUCAGGUCUCUCCUCCCCAGCCCUCCGUCCAGGCUUCUUUUGACCUCUGGGUGGUCCUGACACCUGGGCUAGGCCCUGAUGUCCUAGGAGGAAGAAACAGGGGAAGUGAGGGAGGGAAAGCCUUGCCUGGAACAAAGGGGACCUGCGCGUGGGGAGGCUUGAGGGGAUCAUGGGGCUGUUCAGUGAGGCCGGAGCACAGCUUAUGAAGGGCCUUAUGGGGUAUUUGGGGCCAGCACAGCCCUGGCUGGCUGGGGGGUAAAUCCCUUUGUGUAUCUCAUAGCUUUGAACAGCUGAGAAUGUGUAGGGUGGAUGAUCCAGUGGCUGUGUGAGAAGGGACAGUGACUGAGGAGUGGUGGGGCUUCAUCCUCCUCUCAGAAUUCUACCCACAAAGCUGUGUUUUCCUAUUCACUAGGUUUGGUUUCCCUUCCCGUGCCAGGCGCCCACAUCAUGCAUGCCCCCUGAGGUCUCUGCUUGUGGCCUCAGGGUUGUCUCUGGCGCUGUGGAAGGCUGCACCGUCUACUUGCAGGUACAACCGGAGGUGUGGGAGGGCUGCCACUACCUGGGCGGCCCACAGCCAAGGUGGGAUGGGAGUUGCUGAGGAGGCAGCCCUAGCCCCCGGAACGCCGGGCACAGGAAGAGAAGCAAGGCUGGUGAGCUCCGGUUUGACGGCUCAGGAUGGACGCAGAUCCUUCCAGUUAGGUCCCUUGUUUGAUACAAUCACCGCUUUUCCCGUAAGUACAUCCUGAAGACAACGUUUGUUUUAUUUUUGACCACACGGUCUGAAUCCACAGUGCGGGAAGGACAUCUCUUCCAUCUGCAUCUGCAGAGUCUGUCCUAACCUGGGCCUGACCAGGUCUCCAUUCCCGGGUUGGGGAGCUUUCUCUCUUGCUUCUUCUGGAAACCUUCCAUUAAAUGUUGCUCUUUGCUUCCUCAGGAAGGUCCUUGGAUAAGUUCUAUCAACUCUGGAAAUACCCUCUGGUAAGCGUGAAUGUUUGUAUCUGUGGUAUUUUGGGGGCUGUUGUGGCUGUUAUUGUUAUGUCUUUUGUCAAUUAUUCCUGUGACAUAAAGCAUAUUGUUUUGUUUGAGUGUGUUUCAUGGCAUAGUACAUGCUGAAUUCUUGAUUUAACAGGGGGGGAAGUGGAUGCUGUCUGAGUGACCUGUCCAGACCAGGGUCCCACAGCAAGGCUCCACACCCUGGGAUCACACCCUGGGAUCUACACCCUGGGAUCACAUCCUGGGAUCCACACCCUGGGAUCACACUCUGGGGUUAUACCCUGGGGUCCACACCCUGGGAUCAUACCCUGGGAUCACACCCUUGGAUCACACCCUGGGAUCACACUCUGGGAUCACACCCUGGGAUCACACUCUGGGAUCACACCCUGGGAUCACACCCUGGGAUCCACACUCUGGGAUCGCAUGCUAAGAUCCACAUCUGGGGAUCACACUCUGGUAAGCCUGGCUCUCCUCUCAUGCCUCUCAAGCUCACAAGCAAGUGAUGCUGCCACAAGGUUCUCCAAGCCCAUAGGAAACUAAGGUACGUCCUCCUGGGGUAUCAAUUUUAUUUAAAUAUCUGAGGGGAUAAAAGCUAAGCAUUUUAACCGAUAAAUGAUUUUAACUCUUAAAAGUUACAACAAAUACAGAUAUAUAAUGGAGCAGAAUGCCACGCGUAUAAGAAUCCUUACCUAGAGCUGUCUCCCUGAGUCUGAGUCCACCAGGCCCCCCGAGGACAAGUUUCCAGGGGCUGAGUUUCCUGUUUAAAAAAUUUUUAAAAAAUUAUUAUUGAGAUCUAAUUCAUAUAACAUAAACUUCAGCACUUUAAAGUGUACCGUUCAGUAGUUUUUAGUACAUUCACAAUGUUGUGCAACCCUCCCCACUAUUCCCUGUUUUUAAGGGAUUUUUUCAUGAAGUCGGGGAAGUGCUGCCUGCCUGUGCCACUUGGCCUGCAGAGUAGACUUUACAGCAUCAGUGACAGCAGACGGGGAAAGUUUUUAUUUGGGGGUGGCUUUGGGUGUCAUGGGGUGCGUUCUCAGUUCCUAUAGGUCCUUCCACUUAGGCAAGGAUCUGCUCUCUAUCUGGGAGGCAGCCCGUUCCCUGAAUAUUCACGCUGCGCUGCGGAAGGAUUAUCACUAGAAGAAACCAGGACAGUCUUCCUGCAGUAGAAAUUACUGACUCACAAAGGACUAAACAGCUUAGAAACUGUGAAGACCCCUGAGAGAAUUGAAGGGGCUGGACUUGCUUUUAAUCAGGUUUCAAUGCAGAGACAGGUGUCUUGUUGAUUCGCGCAUUCAGGGACACAUUUGUCGUGGCAUUAACAGACAAAGUCAGCAUUCCCCGGGGACCGACAAAAGCCUGAGCCAAUGCGAGUUUGUGCCUUUCUGUAAAGAUUGGCAGUGGGAUUCCAGGCAGGUUAGCUAAUGGCCUUCCUCUCACUGGAGAUGCGGUGCCUACUCCAGGGGCCAGACUCGUGGUUAUGUUCUUUAUCAAUUUUCAUGCAGAUUCACAAGCAGACUUGAACAAUGGUGAGUCCUUUUGGUAUUUCUGGCAGUAUCUCUGCUGAAUGAGGACUUGAGUAGGAAAGCAAGUCUCUGAACUUGCCUCUGAUUUGGAAUUUUCUCUUCUUACAAACUUUCCUGAGAUUCUUGAGACAACCAUGUACCUUCUCAAAACCAUAUAGCAAAAUCUUAACUUAGAUGCUAAAUUUCAUAAUUCAUACCCAUUGCAAAUUCUGAAAAUUUGGUGUGUAGGAAAAUGACCCCUGCCUCUUUAAGAAAUGUUGAUUUACAGAGCUGUGAAUAACAAUAGCUAUUCUUUACAGACUGCUUGCCACCUGCUAAGUGCUUUACACAUAUUAUCUUUAAUCCUCACAACAACCUUGCAAGGUAGUUGUUCGCCCAUGUUGACAGGGCCGCUGAGGCUGAGAGAGGUUAGUAACUGGCCCGCUUUCACACAGCUCGCUAGGAAAUGCUCUGACUCCAAAUUUCCCAGGAAAUUUCCCCUCGUUCCUGUGAGCCAUUCUUCUCAGGUGGUCCCAUGUCGUGGAGCAUUGAAACACCAUGGGCUUUGAGUUAGACAUGAUUCAAAUCCCAGCUCCACUAAUCACUAGAUGAGUGACUGGGCUAGUCACGUAACUCCCUGAGCCUCACUUUCCUCAGCUGUAAUUGUGAUAAUGAUGCUUUGGGAGGUUGUUAUGGGAAUGAAAUGAGCUGAAACUCUUCAAAGUCCCCAGCAUGGUAUUGACACGUUGCACAGCACAGCAGAAUCGCAACAAAUGAUACUUUCUCUUUCUUCUUUAUUCAUCUGCCAUGGCACCUGGUAAAAAGUAGGUACUCAAGAAAUAUCUAUGGAAGGAAAUUCAAAGGAUUCUCCAUGGCCUUGUUUCCUAGGGGCAUUGUGAAGUUGGGCCCUCUCCACAAGCUCCCUGAAAGAACAAAAGAAGUUUUGAAGCAUGUCAAAGCUACUCAUGGUUAAAAUCUUUAGGAUGAAGCAAGAAGACAAGAAUAAUCCUAAAAAUAACAAUAGUACUAAAAUUCUGAAGUGAAAUUCACGAGGUAGAGUGCUGUUGCUCUUCA